CGGGAGGAAGGACAAUGGGCCAACUCCGCCGGCACAUACCGGAGUAAACCGGGUUAGGGUGCGAUCUGGCCGGAGAUGGAGGAAGUCAAAUAAUGCUCUGGAGAAAACAGGCGUGAGCAGAGAGAGGCAGCAGAGCAGCAGGGAGGAUCCUGCAGGAGAAAUCUCUCUGGAAGAAAGACAGGAAGAGCCAGACAAAGGACGCCUGGCCAGUAAACAGCUUCCCAGCCUGCAGCAGGACAGCAGGAGAGCCAGGCAGGAGAGAGACGCAGCAAGCAGAAGUCCUAGAUGCUGCCACAACGCUUCUCCCAGAACCUGUGCUCAGUGUGUAAGGAGAGCACAGAGGAGGGGAAGCAAGGAUAGACACGAGGCAGGAGAAAGUCCACGAAGAGGCACCUCAAACAGGAUAAAGGGUGAGGGGAAAGGAAUGAGGAAGGACAUGCAAAGGAAUGAGGAGGAGGAGGAAGAGAAGGGAGGUCUCUGUGAGUCAUCCAGUUCUGUUUGGGCUGUACCAGACCCUGACCUAGAAUCUAACCACUCUCAUCCAGAAUCCAACAGCAGCUGUGAUGGUGAAGAGACUGGAAAAGAGAGCAACGAGGAGCUGAAGACACAAACCUCUCAAAGCAAGGACGACUAUUCAGAAAGAGAGGAGGAUAACAACUCUGAGGUUAUGAAACUAGAUACUGGAAACAAUGAUUUUCCUCAUGGCCACUCUGGACAGGAUAAUGUUACCUUAGGACUUAACAGAGAUCUUGAUGACAGAAAACCAAGUGAAAACCCCUGUGAAGAAGUAGCACCUAAUAUGAAUGGAUUUCCUGAUCAGUCUCGGGCAGAUCAAAAAGCUGACACAGAAAGGGAGAGUGUGGAUGUUGAAGAGAAGAAAGGGAGCAUCAAUCGGACUCCUGCAGAAUUCCCGAUUUUAUCCGACUGCUAUGAGGAGGUCUCUGUCUCCAUCAGCACUGCAGUCUCCCUUGAGCUGUCCACUCCUGUAGAGGGCAGCACCUUCAAUACUGACCAUGAGAUUUGUGUUCAGAGAGAGCAAGUGAACACCAGAACAGAUCCCCUUGAGGGGUAUCAACAAGGGGUGGCAGACCCAGGAAUCAUUGCUAAAGGAGAACUGGAUCUAAUCAGACUUGUGCAACCAGAACCCAAUUGUGCGGCUGCCGAGAGUAACACUGUGAACACAAACAGGAAACCCCUGUUUUCCUUUCAAAAUGCAGGAAAUGGCAGCGUGCUACAGGAGAGAGAAGCUUCGUCUAAGCCUCCAGGACACAGAGAUCCUUCCAUUUCUGAGACAGACGGGAGGAACGUAACAGGGAACGAUUGCAACUGUAGUACAACUGAGCUUAACAGAGCAGGGCCCAGGGAUGAGCUGGUGUUGGGUAAUAGAGAAGCAGAGUUACAUGAAGGGGAUACAGAGGAGAGAGAGGACACAUCUGGAGAGAUUUUGAGGAGGGAAUGCACCUGCUUUGAGCUGGACAAUGCCGAGGGCAAAGGUGACAAAGAACGAAAUACAGAGGGUCCCACAAAUGAAAGUUCCAUAGAGGAGGAUAAUGACAAAAAGCAAACUGAAAAUUGUGCACGAAUGGACUUUUGGAGGGUAGAGGAGUCUGCAGACGGAUGCAGGGGAAGGGGGACAGAGGUUGUAGACACCUGUGGACAAUCAACCCAUGUUGAAGCAACUGGAGAGACCGGCAGUACUGUUGCCUGUGCUGAUCCCCUCACCUCUCUUGCACUCUCCCUGGCUAAUCCUGCCCCCACUGUUCAGCCCCUGAGUUCCAUGGAAACCAGACUGCACUGUUUGGACGAGAAUGUGGAGAAGGAAAGGGUCAGAGUGCUGGAAGGAGAUGAAAAAGGAGGCCAGGAAGGGAAGAAGAGGCUCAGGAGACUAUUGGAGGAGCAGGGUGAGGCAGAGAGGGUCUCCACCGUGGCCACUGAGGAGUGGGGGAGAGAUGAGGAGGGGAAGGAGGAAGAAGAUGAGUUUGGAGUAUUCAUGCAGGCGGAGGGAGAGCCGGCCUGGAGUGAGGGAUCCACCACUGCCCCAGUGCCUUGUGGGAGCAGAGAACGUGUUGCACAUGGAAGUGUCCUCGCUGGGGAGCCGACCCACUGGACAACAGGCUGGACUGAUAGCCUAAUCCACCAAUCAGAUGACAGGUGGACAGCCUUCCCUCUGGACUGGUCAGAUGAAGGUGGAGACAUGGUGGGACAGUGGUGGCUGACCAGUGCUGUGGAGGAGAGAAGAGAACCAGCUAAUCAGAAUCUGGCGGCUGUCUUUGCUGCAGCCUUCCCCUCGUCCUCAGAUGACCCUGGUGACCUCCAGACCGUCCCCACACUGAGCCAGCUCCUCAGGGGCCGGGCCAGCCAGGAGCAGGGGUGGGUACCAGGCUUGGAUUUUCGUCAUUUUAGGG